AUGAAUGACUCACUAUGUGGUCCAUCGAAUGCUCUUCAAAACUUCCAAAAGAAUGCCUCUGUCGACAGAACUCUCCAACAGGAUAGGUUGGUUUCGCGACAAGCGCAUACACAGGGUUUCCGUUCCCAAGCCCCCAGUCAAGGAGUUUUAGACCCCGAGUUCGCCGCCUUUGAGUCCAAUUCAGCCGGCCCGUCAAUUCCGAAUUUACAGCAUGCACCAGGUCCAUUCGGUACUCAUGCUCCACACCAUGCGGUGUCCCAUCCCGCAGAUCAUGGAAAUUGGGCUGCAGACUUCCAACGAUUGCAGCUGUCGGGGCCAUCGCACACGUUCGAUCAACGCACGGGUCCCCCCGCCGUUUCCCAUCAGGGGUGGCAAAAUGAGUUCAUGAACCAACAGCAACAAGCCCCCCAUAUGCAGCAGCAACAGCCGCAGCACCAGCACCAGCAUCCGCGAUUCGCCCCAGGCCUCCAGUCGUUUUCACCGGGCUUUCCCCUGCACGCAACACCCAUGAACUCUUUCCCCGCCGCGGAGACCAUGGCCACCCAGCAACCGCCAGCAGAAACGUUUGAUGAAACUGCGUUUGAAGCCGCGUUUGAGCAGGCCAGUGCGGACAUGAUGUCACAGAAUGUCGAAGACACCCAGGCAAACAAGGAAGAAACUACCAACAAGACUGCUCAAUCGGACACCCCCGUCGCAAAUGAGCCCCACGAAGUCAUUAGAAUCGGAUCGGACACCAUCCCGCAGUCCAAUAACGACGGUACGCAAGCGCGGGCCAACGAUGCGGACGAGCUUGCUAUGACCGCAGGGCAUUUACUAGAGAGUGUCAGCCAUGACCAAAGCCAGAAAUUUCGAGAAAGUAACUUCCUUGCCUUGAUGCGCCGUAUUCGGGAUCGCGAAGUCCAUGUCGAAGGAGACGAAUUCCGCGAAACUUUGCAGCCUUUACACCCUGGCGGCAAACACUAUCCAGAAGGCCUGAAAUCGAAGCAAGAACGAGCCACAGUCUCGACAGACCAACACAACUACGCUUUCGUAACAAACAACAGAGAUACUGCGCGUGAUUCUUCCGCUCGCCCCGUGGGCAAUGGAAUCAAGGAAGAUGAGAUGUUUGAUGAUAAUACAACUUUGGCGUAUGGCGAUCGUUGGGCUUGA